AUGGCUGAAAAUUAUUUGGUCAUCUGGGUCGAUGGAAAUAUCGACAUGGCAAAUCAAGAUUGCCAAAAUACAAUGGAACAAUUACGUGCUGUCGUUAACCAAGUCAAGCCAUGUGAGACAGCUGAACAAUGUAUACAACAGCUCACAGAAAAUCAAGAGGAUAUCUCAAUUGUUAUCUAUUCCGAUGCACUUGGACAACAUUUGGUACCAGACAUUCAUGAUAUGGCAAAAUUAAAUGCCAUUUUUAUAUUUUGUAGCAAUAAACAACGGCAUCAAGUAUGGGCCCAAAAUUGGACAAAACUCAAAGGUGUUCACACGUCCAUCAAACAUAUUUGUGAACAAUUGGCAACGUCUAUCAAACAAUGCAAUCAAGAUCAUAUGUCGGUGAGCAUUGUUAGUGUGAAUGCAGGAGGUUCUAGCAAGAAUCUAGAUCAGCUAGAACCUUCUUUUAUGUAUUCGCAAAUAUUCAAGGAAAUACUCCUUGAAAUCGAACAUCAACAAGCCGUCCAACAUUUGGUCACGUACUGUCAACAAGAAUACCAAGGCAAUAAGAAGGAAAUGAAAAUUAUACAAGAAUUUCAACGUACUUAUCAAGCAUCCAACGCCAUUUGGUGGUAUACACGCCAAUGUUUUACCUACAAAAUGCUUAAUGGCGCGUUAAGAACACUUAAUGGCGAUAUAAUGAUCCGAAUGGGAUUCUUUCUAUGUGAUGUACAUUGUCAAAUCGAAACCUUGUACAAGAAUCAGGUCAGUCAAUACCAUAACAAGAUUCUUACAGUCUUUCGAGGGCAAGGCCUAUCGAAAGCAGAUUUUGAAAAGCUCACAGAAAACAAAGGUGGGCUAAUUGCUUUUAACAACUUUUUAUCAACCAGUACAGAUCGUGAUGUUUCUCUCCUUUUCGCCGAAAGUAACCUAGCAGCAACCGAUACAGUGGGUAUUUUUUUUAAAAUCACGAGUGAUCUAACGGUCUCAUCGACUCCAUUCGCCUCCAUUCGGGAGGUAAGUUAUUUCAAGGAAGAAGAGGAAAUUCUCUUCUCCAUGCACACCGUCUUUCGCAUUGGUGAAGUGCGCAAACUUGACACCAACCGU